AUGUAUGUUCCUAUUAAAAUUCGAGUUGUGAAGGCGUUCCAAGCUGGUCUAGACAGGAGGGAGCCCAGUCUGACUGGACAAUCAGCGGCACGGCUCCGAGAAAUCAGCCGGCAGCUAAGACUUCAGGUGGAAAGCGAGCAACGAGCUCGUUCUACUUCUCGUGGCAACAUCAAAGGCGGAGAACCGAACAAUACGGCACUGUAA